UGGGUUGGUCUGACUGAUCCAGAUACUGUAUAAAUGAAAGUAGAGCAGAACAAACUCCUAACAGGAGGAGCUUCACUCAUGGCCUAUGAGACAGAGGAUCAUGAGACUCAAUACUGCUUUCCUGCCAUCAACUCAUCAUGUAUCAAGGGAAAACGCUCCAGUCAUGAAUACAAUAUCAUGUAUGUGUUUGUAUCUUUGCUGUCAGCAUGGACUGUGUUUCUGAACCUGCUGGUGAUCAUCUCCAUCUCUCACUUCAAGAAGCUUCACACUCCAACAAACCUGAUUAUUCUCUCUCUGGCUGUUUCAGACCUGCUUAUUGGACUUGUCAUGCCCAUAGAGGCCACCAGGCUGAUAGGGAUGUGUUGGGACUUUGGAGACACUAUCUGUGGACUCUAUUUAAUAUUUGUUUCAGUGCUUUUCUCAGCAUCUCUUACUAAUUUAGUUUUAAUAGCUGUUGAUCGUUACGUGGCUGUAUGUCAUCCUUUACUGUACCCACAGAAAAUAACAAUGACUAAAACGUUAACAAGCAUCUGUCUGAGCUGGGUUUGCUCCUCAGCUUAUAACACUGCCUUUGUAAUUAAUAGUGGAUAUACUGACACAUCACAGAGAACAGAUGUUAUGAUUUUCAUCUGGAGAGUCAUUGAUCUGUUAUUGGGUUUUAUUUGUCCUUGUAUCCUGAUCAUAAUUUUAUAUUUGAGGAUUUUCUAUGUUGUACAUCAGCAAGUGAAAGUUAUAAACUCUCUAAAGGGUGGUAAAUGUGUAAUGGAAGGUUCAGUGAGGAGGAAAUCUGAGAGUAAAGCUGCUCUGACAUUAGGAAUCAUUGUAACAGUUUAUCUGCUGUGCUGGAUUCCGUACUAUAUCUGUUCUAUAUCAGUAACCUCUUCCACAACCAUAAAUGUUUUGACAUGGGUUGUGUAUGUUAACUCAGGUCUGAAUCCUCUGGUCUAUGCUUUAUUUUAUCCCUGGUUUAAAAAGACAGUUAAACACAUCUUAACACUGAAAAUAUUUCAACCAGCAUCUUCUCUUGUCAAUAUUUUUACAGAACAUUAAUUGUGAUUAAACUGGUAAAGCUGUUAUUCGUAAAGGAUAUGAUUAUCUUUGUAGGAUUUAUAUUUGUAAUUUACUCAUGUAUCUUAUUAGUAUGUACCUCAUUUCAGAAAGUAUGUUUGCUGCAUUUUAUGUUCUAU